AUGGAUCGACGGACUUAUGUAUAUUGGCCUGCAGGACUCUUACGGCAAUGCAAAUCGGCCGAUGAGCCCUUAGUGGUGAUAGUUUUGAAGACCUCAAGUUCAGAUCCUUUAGUCAUCGCUGUCAUAGAGGCGUCAAAGUACAGGCCUGUGGAAAAGCCUUAUAGCGAGUUUGGGAGGAUUUACUCGGGAAAUGUCAACUCAAUUGAAACAGCUGAGCAAUGGAGAGCUGAAUAUACAACUAUUUGUUUCGAUCCACCUAAGGUAAAAAUGAUGCAAUUUUACUCGUUAGAGCCGAUAUCACUAAUAUUACAGAACCCAUUCGAAGAUUUCGGUGUAGAAACAACAGAUAAUAGCGCUAUUCAUGAUGGUACAUCGGUUUUUAACAUCAGAAAGAAGUGGGAAUCGAGAUUGCGGGAGAAUAUCGAUCAUCUCAAUUUAUACUAUCAACAUCUCGAAGUGUUCUAUAAGAGAUAUGCAAUAUACAAGAACAAAUCAACGUUGAAUAUUUCGAUAACAGAUUUGAAAUUGCGGAUGCGUGCAACUUCUGUUUACAGAGGUAUUAGAUGUUUAGCUUUUUAUGGUGCCGCCUUGAUAAGAAUUGUUGCAGGAUUUGUGUCGUAUGUUUUAAAUUGGAGGGUAUUGCCAUUGGUAAAGUUAUUCGCAACUGCUCAGCAGAUUGACCUUAGAUGCCAGCAACUUUGUUAUAUUCCAGUACAAUAUCUAAGGAUUAAUAAAAAUGUCAAAUUGACUGAUCUAGACCUUCGAACAGAUGAAAAUGGUAGCAUAGAUGAAAAUGAUAAGAGUUCGGGUUUCACUAAACGUCGUAAAAGCCACCUUGUGCUACCGAAAGCACUUCCCUGCGAAACCUAUCCUGAUUAUAUUCGACUUUACAAUACUCUUUGGCUCAUCAUAAACGAUGUUUCGUUUGGUGCCACACUAGGAACUGUGUUAUAUGAAAACCGUAUUACAUUGGCCCAAAAUAUCAGUACAACUUUAAAGUAUUUACUUUAUGAGCUUCCCAUGCAGGUGACGUUGAUUUUAGAACAAAACCCACUGGGUAUCAAACUUAAUGAUGAGCUUUCCAGGUUUUUAAGCUCUCUUUUUUUGUUAAUCAUCGAAUUCACUUAUACCGGAUGGAUUCGCUCGUGCAUUGAACCAGAAACUAUACGACAGGGAAUAACAGUAAUGUCUCAUAUCAGUGCUGUCAUAGGGUUCACUUUCACUUUGGCCCUGGCUGUUGACUUCCUGUGGAUCAUGACGCUGCAUAUCUCAUUAUUUUACAUGAUUAGUGUCAAACUUUAUCAUGUUCAUAUCUAUGUGUUGAAGAGUUUAUUCUACCUGUUUUAUGGGAAGAAGCAAAAUGUGUUACGUAGAAGAGUUGAUGAUAUGUACUUCGAAUUAGAUCAGCUAUUGAUGGGAACUUUAAUAUUCACGGUGUUAAUCUUCUUGUUGCCAACGUUAUUUUCAUUCUAUUUGGUAUACACAGUGUUCAGAUUUGUUGACCUUACAGUGAAAGUGUUGCUUGAACUAAGUUUGGCCCUUAUCAACCAUUUCCCUUUAUUUGCAUUGCUUUUACGGAUAAAAGAUGCUAAAAGGUUACCUGGUGGUAUCAAGUUCAAAGUAUAUGAUGAUCACUUAUUAAUAUCGAAUAAUCCAAUCAGCUUUUUCAUGACCUUUGAACCAUUCACAAACGUCAUGAAAUCCAUUCAAAGACAGAUGUUCUCGGUUGAGACUUUGAAGAUGGUGAGUCAGGGAUCAGUUCUUAAUGUACGAAGAGAUGAACUCUAUCGUGUUUUGUACCAUAAUCUACCGAGACAUCCAAUUGAUAUCGAUUUACUAUGGAAAAAGUUAAAGAUGGUAAUGGAACAAGAUACGAUAUAA